AUGUGGUUGAACCCUAGAGGGACGCAAGGCGAGGAUGAGACGCUGAAACUGCCGAUCAAUGUUACUCCGGAGGAAUUUAAUGGCGCGGUGAAGAAACUGAAGCGAGAGCCUGCUGAGGGAAAGGAAGCUGCUGCAUGGUUGUUGGCAGCUAGUGCGG